AUGAAUUCCAGUGCACUGUCAGCUCAGUGUCAGCCCAGUUGUAUGAAGUCUUCAAACACCGAUCGCAUCCAUGAAUCAAGAAAUAGGAACCGAACUCAACAUCAGCACCAAAAUGCCUGGUCUUAUAUCUCGAGCAGAAUUGUUGGUAUCAUUCAAAAGACUUUUAAAAAAGAGGAGAAAUACGAUGAGUUUGAGCUGAUGUUAAACGAGGCCUGUGCUCAACGUUUGGCCCAAAAGAACGGACCGCAAAACCAGAUCCGCCGUUCCCGUCGAGAAUUGGAUCGAUUGUGCAAAAAGACUGACUUUAAUAAAGAUGAGGUCAAACUGUUAUAUUGGGGAUACAAGUGCGCCACUGCUAUGUCUGAUGGUAUACUUAAUGAGUCCAUAUUUAAAGACAUAUACUCUCAGUUCUUCCCACAGGCCGGUGACGCCAGUCUGUAUGCACACUAUGUGUUCAAUGCUAUGUUCAGUGACUCCCUGUCUAAAAACAACGGACAAAUUACUUUCUCCGAUUAUGUCAGUGCUUUGGCACUGUUAUGUAAGGGCUCAGUGAUGGACAAAAUACGAUGGAUAUUCACAUUAUAUGAUAUCAAUAAAGACGGUCGUAUAACAUUAGAUGAAUUAAAUCAAAUAUCUGUCGCCAUAUACGCGCUGUUGGGUUGUAAUGUUUCGCCGGCCUAUGACUUAAAGACAUGUGAAGAGCACGCAAACCAAGUGUUUGAAAGACUGGACGUCUAUAAGAAUGGUUACAUCACUUAUGACCAGUUUAUGGACAUUUGUACUAAAGAUGAGACAAUCAUAAGAUCGAUGCAAUUCCUCGACACAACUGGUUUACAAUGAUUUUAAUGGAUGGCAUUCAAUGUCUAUGGAUUUCUAUGAAAUUAUCAUCAUUUGUGACCAUUUCAAUG